CCAUCGGAUCCAGAAGCCCCUUGAACCUGUGGGCCUCCAGUUCAGAGGUGUUCCAUCCAGAACCAGAACUCUUGGAUCGAGUUUCCUCCCGAUAUCGGUUCUGUUGGCUGAUCCGGUUUAGUCAGUUUCUGCCGCUUCAUCCGAACCGGGUCGUCCCUCGGGCUCUGAUUGGCUGUCGUUACGUCAGUCAGUGAGGAAUCUCUGGCAUUUCGCUCCCUCCUGACUUCAGCGUCGGACCCGAACUUUGGUUCUGCUGCUCGUGUUCCGUUGGGAUUGGACCCAGAAAAUGACCCAUUUCAACAAGGGACCGACCUACGGACUGUCAGCUGAAGUCAGAAACAAAAUUGCUCAGAAGUAUGACCCCCAGAAGGAGGAAGAGCUGCGCUUCUGGAUCGAGGAGGAAACCGGAAUGCCUAUUGGAGAGGACUUUCAGAAAGGCCUGAAAGAUGGCGUCAUCCUCUGCGAGCUCAUGAACAAGCUGCAGCCUGGUUCAGUAAAGAAAGUCAACCACUCUCAGCUCAACUGGCACAAGCUGGAGAACCUUGGGAACUUCAUCAAAGCCACUCUGGAUUACGGCCUGAAGCCCAGCGACAUCUUUGAGGCCAACGACUUGUUUGAAAACGGGAACAUGACUCAGGUCCAGACCACACUGCUCGCACUGGCAAGCAUGGCGAAGACCAAAGGAUUGGACACAAAGGUUGAUAUUGGGGUGAAGUAUGCUGACAAACAGGCUCGACGCUUCGACAAGGAGAAGAUCAAGGCUGGACAGUGUGUGAUUGGACUGCAGAUGGGAACCAACAAGUGUGCCAGCCAGGCUGGAAUGACAGCCUAUGGAACCAGGAGACAUCUGUAUGACCCAAAGACUCAGACGGACAAGCCCUAUGACCAGACCACCAUCAGUCUGCAAAUGGGCACCAACAAAGGAGCCAGUCAGGCAGGGAUGUCUGCACCUGGGACCCGGAGAGACAUCUUUGACCAGAAGGUGGCGCUGCAGCCUCUUGACAACUCCACCAUCUCACUGCAGAUGGGCACUAACAAGGUGGCAUCUCAAAGGGGCAUGAGUGUGUACGGUCUGGGCCGGCAGGUCUACGACCCCAAGUACUGCGCCCCUCCGACCGAACCGGUCAUUCACAAGAAUGGCAGCCAGGGCACCGGCACCAACGGGUCAGAGAUCAGUGACAGUGACUAUCAGGCUGAGUUUCAGGAGUAUGAGUACCACAGCGGUUUCCAUGACGACUACACCACCCACUACAGCGACCCAAGCAUAGACUACUAAAGAAGAUGGCUGCAGACAUAGAACCCCUUCAUCUUCCCCCGUUUUUUAUCUCCUGAAGCAUUGAAGUGUCCCCGUUCCUGAAUCAGGACUUUUGAGCAGCAAAGUUGUAUGAAAUAUUAAAAGACUGAAGUCCCUCUCUUCCAUUCCCUCUUCUAGGGCACAAUCGUAGUGAUAACUGUGGUUGGUGUUCAAUGUCAAACAGCUAGUUUUUGGUGUUUCUAGGUUCCUGAUUCUGGUUCCUCAGCUGACGUUCCAACAGACUUGUGACACUACAGUUUAUUUUAAUACUUAAUUAUAGAUAAAUAAAGUCGACGGCUCGGACCAACCCCCUCGUGUUCCUCUCUAACAUCAUAGAUCUUUAUGUUUCUGUAUUUAUUGUGACUCCAACAGAAAUUCCAGUUAGACUGUUCACAAUUAAAAUGUUGCAAAUAAAAUCUUUAAAUCUAGAA